AUGACAUCCACGACGACGACGACAACGACUACAUCGACAAAUAGUAGUAGUAGUCGUGCUCGCAUCUCUCGAUUCAAAGAACGCAAUCACUUUCACAUCUCUGUUGGAAGGAACUUAGUAGUGCCCCUACUACUCAUUCUACAUGAUCCAUCAAGGUUCGAAGAGACAGAGUUCCAAGACUUGGUAUUGGCAAUACAUGGUAUAUUAAAGGUACACUUUAAGGAUGGUGGUGCUUAUUAUGAUGGACAGUACACACCUGCUAUACAUCAGGAGCCAAAGAAGUACCUCUUGACUACAUUCUGUUAUACAUUCAAGUUCACACCGACAUUCCCAAAGUAUGCCGUCGUGACAAGGUUUGUGGACAACACAUUAUAUGCUACGACAGCGGCAUCAUCAUCAUCAAACAAGAGAAAGAUCUAUGUCAAUGUAGACACUCAACGUAUUGUUGGCAAUGAUUCAAUAGACUUGUCAAAGUACGAGAGUUAUACCAAUGAGAGUGAUGACAGCGACAGUAGUGAUGAUAGUGACAGUGACAGCAGUGAUAAUGGCAGUGACAAUGACAACGACCAAGAUGUAGUUGAUGUCGGCGAUGAUGACACUGAAGAGGAGGGGGAGAGGGACAAGGAGAAGGAGAAGGAUACGCCUCAAGCCCAGACUACUACCACGACUGCUACGCCCGCGACAACUACAUCGACUGCUACUACUCAAACACAAGAUGAUGAGGAGGACAUCCCUUGGGAUGUACCGCCACCACUGUACGAUAAUGACUAUGUAUCAGAGUUUGAUCUUGGAAUGGACAUGGAUAUACCAACUUCAAAAGCAAAUGCCAAUGCAAACGCCAAUAACAAGGACAAGAAGAGCAAGGACAAGAAGACCAAGGGCAAGAAGAAAGACACGAAGAAGAAGAAGGGGAAGAAGAGACUGAGUAGUGACUCGAGGACACAUCAACCAUUGGUACCAAGCAAGAAAAUGAUGCCAGAUGAGGUCAUUGACCUGGAUUCCAAGGAUGAUGGCAUCGACGUGGAUGGACAAUCAGUGAUCAAUAUCAUUGAUGAAGAUGGCAACACAAACACAACAACUAGAGCAGUUGAUGUUGACGAAGAGAACAAGGACAAGGACAACACAGAGACAGUACUUAAAGUCUACGAAGGCAAUAAGUACAGAGGACUAUUGAUCACUGGUGAGACAUUGAUCAUCGAGACAUUCUCCAGAGAUCAGUACGUGAGGAUUGGCAAUGUCACAUCCACAGCAUCAACAUCAAGCCAAACAUCUUCGACAUCCUCCACCUCGACAUUCAAACCAAAGAAGCCCAGAAAGGGCACAGACACUUCAUCAGCGAACUCAAUAAGUACAUACUUUACAGCAUCCAGUUCAUCAACAAAGAAAAGAUCGGCGACUCCAAAGAAGAAGAAGUGA